GAAUAUUGUGAAAUCCAUGGAUUCUGACUAUGGUAUUCCCAGAGAGCUCUCAGAUCUUCAAAAGAUUCGAUCUUUAUAUGAGCCAGAGAUUCCUCCUUGCCUACAGGGAACCACUGUGAGGGUUGAGUUUGGUGAUGCAACCACCACUGCUGACCCAGCUGAUGACCCAACCAUAAGGAGGGCUUUUCCAAACACUUAUGGACAGCCUUUGGCUCACUUCCUUAGAGCCACUGCUAAGGUCCCUGAUGCUCAGAUCAUCACUGAGCAUCCACCUAUCAGGGUGGGGAUUGUUUUCUGUGGGAGACAGUCUCCUGGUGGACACAAUGUUAUUUGGGGUCUUUACAGUGCACUCAAGAUUCACAACCCUGAAAAUGUCUUGCUUGGAUUCCUUGGUGGUUCGGAAGGUCUAUUUGCGCAGAAAUAUCUCGAGAUAAAUGACGAAAUUCUCUCAACAUACAAAAAUCAAGGUGGUUAUGAUUUGCUUGGACGAACAAAAGAUCAGAUUAGGACAACAGAACAAGUUAAUGCUGCACUUGUUGCAUGCAAUAGUUUGAAGCUUGAUAGCCUUGUUAUCAUUGGGGGUGUGACAUCAAACACGGAUGCUGCGCAGCUUGCAGAAACUUUUGCAGUAGCAAAAUGCCCCACAAAGGUGGUUGGUGUUCCUGUAACUUUGAAUGGAGAUCUUAAGAACCAGUUUGUUGAAACCAAUGUUGGUUUUGAUACAAUUUGCAAGGUGAAUUCUCAACUCAUCAGCAAUGUCUGCACUGACGCCCUCUCUGCAGAGAAGUAUUAUUAUUUCAUCCGUCUUAUGGGACGUAAGGCAUCACAUGUUGCAUUGGAGUGCACCCUCCAGUCCCAUCCAAACAUGGUUAUUCUUGGUGAGGAGGUUGCCGCAUCAAAGCUUACCCUUUUUGAUAUUGCAACACAGAUUUGUAAUGCAGUUCAGGCUAGGGCAGAGCAAGACAAAUAUCACGGAGUAAUCCUCCUGCCGGAAGGACUAAUUGAGAGCAUUCCUGAAGUGUAUGCACUCUUAAAGGAAAUUCAUGGUUUACUCAGACAAGGUGUCCCCACUGACAAGAUAUCUUCUCAGCUUUCACCAUGGGCAUCUGCUUUGUUUGAAUUUCUUCCACCCUUUAUUAGGAAGCAGCUACUCCUCUACCCUGAAUCAGAUGACUCUGCACAGUUAUCUCAGAUUGAGACUGAGAAAUUACUAGCAUACCUUGUGGAGGCCGAGAUAAACAAGCGUCAGAAAGAAGGCACUUACAAGGGGAAGAAAUUCAACGCAAUUUGCCAUUUCUUUGGUUACCAAGCUCGUGGAUCUCUGCCAUCGAAAUUUGACUGUGACUAUGCAUAUGUUCUCGGACACAUCUGCUACCACAUACUGGCUGCCGGUUUAAAUGGAUACAUGGCAACUGUAACUAACCUUAAGAAUCCUGUGAACAAGUGGAAGUGUGGUGCUGCACCAAUCACAGCUAUGAUGACAGUGAAGCGCUGGUCUCCAAAUCCUGGAGCCACAUCAAUUGGAAAACCUGCCAUUCAUCCAGCUACUGUGGAUUUGAGAGGCAAAGCAUAUGACCUGUUGAGACAAAAUGCCACAAGCUUCCUCAUGGAUGAUAUCUACAGAAAUCCGGGUCCGCCUCAGUUCGAAGGCCCCGGUGCGGAUGCCAAGCCCAUAAGUCUUUCUGUUGAAGAUCAGGACUAUAUGGGUCGCAUCAAGAAACUUCAGGAGUACCUUGAACAGGUUCGAACAAUUGUAAAGCCGGGAUGUCCGCAAGAGGUACUGAAAGCAGCGCUGAGCGUCAUGGGAUCCGUCACGGAAGUUCUGGCCGCAAUGUCUGCAUCUUCCAGCAACAACCUGUCAUCUCUUUGACAACAUGUGCUCAAUUUUCUGAUGUAGCCAUUUUUGCCCUUUUUUUUACACCUUUUUUUUUUUUCAUUUUAAGUAGCUAGUUGAUGGUGGAAAUAAAAGUGUAAGAUCUGACAUGUUGCAUUGUCAACAUGAAAGAUUGCUGCGAGUGUAUUCAAAAGUUUUGGCUCUAUAACGGUACUACUAGAUAACCUGGGUUGAUUCUUUUGAGUAAGUGAGGCUUCUAUGUGACAUAACACAUUCUUGGACAAUGUAGCUUGGUUUUUUGUUUCAAGUGAGCUCGUUUUUUUUACAAA